AUGGCGUACAACCGUGAUCUCCAGUCUGACAACUCGAUAUCAAUACCCCCCUCUCUAUCCGCCAAACCCCCACCCCCAACCUCACUCCGCGACCAUGCACUCGAUAUAGAACCGACCCAGGACAAUCACCCACUCGUAACCAAGGGAAAGGGAGUCAACAGCGCGCUGUCUACACAAAUUUCCGAAGCGCAAGAGGCCAUAGGCUCGUCAUUGCCUUCCUCGAAGUUACGGACAUUUCGCCGGAAGUCAAUUAAUCGCCGAUCGAAGAAAGCGUUAUCGACCGACUGUAUACCGCGACAGACCAUUUUGAAAGCCCUGGCCUCCCGGGCUUCGAUCCUCAGCAAUAGUCCCAAUAUGUCAUCGAGUUCCUUAUCGAGUAUACUCAAUAAAUCCACCCAGGCUUCCCCGCCUUCCGGCAACCUACAACGGCGGGGGAGCAAUGACUCCUCCAAUCUCUCUACCGCGCUCUCAAAUCUUCAAUUGAGCGGGUAUCUUGAUCGAUCGCCUGCGACGGCACGUCUAAUAUUACAAUCGCCAUGUUAUUUCCACCAACGCUUCGAUGAUGCCGUCAACAUAAAAAAGGUGUUGGAGGAAAUCGCCGACGACGAGUGGCUGUCACAUUCGCGACUAGUUCAGACGGCAACUGGGGUUCGUGAAGUGUCGAAGCAACUGCAGCGACGACCUAUCAAACGGGCGGUGCGAAAUGUCAUGAUUGUCACUAAGGCGCGUGACAACAGCCUGGUGUACUUGACUCGGGAAGUUGCCGAGUGGCUGCUUUCAACCUCACGAUAUGGAAGUGAGUUAGGAAUCAAUGUCUAUGUAGAUGCGAAGCUGCGAAAUUCAAAACGAUUUGAUGCUCCGGGGUUAUUGCAAAAAGACCCGAUGUUUGCGCAGAUGUUACAUUUUUGGACACCAGAUCUGUGUUGGACAUCACCGGACAAGUUUGACUUGGUACUAACUCUUGGUGGUGAUGGUACCGUUCUUUUCACAUCUUGGCUCUUUCAGCGCGUGGUUCCGCCCGUGCUCUGCUUUUCGCUAGGCAGCCUGGGUUUCCUUACGAAUUUCGAGUUUGCCGACUACAAAUCACAGCUUAAUGCCGUUAUGGGCGAGGUGGGCAUGCGUGUCAAUUUGCGUAUGCGAUUCACAUGUACCGUUUAUCGGAAAGACCGGAGCAAGGGCGCAGAGGUGGACGCUGUCGAGGAGGGCGAGCAAUUUGAAGUAUUGAAUGAGCUCGUCAUCGACCGCGGCCCGUCCCCCUACGUGUCGAACCUGGAGCUCUACGCCGACGAUGAGCUGCUAACAGUGGUCCAGGCGGACGGCUGUAUCUUCUCCACGCCGACUGGUUCCACGGCAUACUCUCUGUCUGCUGGCGGUUCUCUUAUGCACCCAUCCAUCCCCGGUAUCCUUCUCACCCCAAUAUGCCCACACACCCUCUCAUUUCGCCCAAUGGUCCUCUCAGACUCCCACCUCCUCCGUAUCGCAGUCCCUAAAUCCUCACGAUCGACCGCUUACUGCUCGUUUGACGGUAAGGGUCGCGUCGAACUCCGCCAAGGCGACUACGUCACUGUCGAAGCUAGCCAGUACCCAUUCCCGACAGUCGUUGCCAACAACAAUGAGUGGUUUACAAGUGUACAGCGUGCUCUGCGGUGGAACACCCGCGGCGCGGUCCAGAAGGGUUGGGAUGGUGGCGAUGUCGACGCAGAUUUGAGCAGCGAUCCCAAUGAAGACGAGCAGUGGGACAUUGAUAUGGACAACACACUCGCUGGAACAGAUAGCGGCAUCGGUCCCAGUGAAGAUGGGGAUGCUCUGUCACCCAAUCCCAUGCGUCGACAAAUGAGCUUGCUCAAUAUGUGA